AUGGAUACGACUCCACUGAAACGGUCUCCUGAUGACGCUGGCUUCGGGUCACCCCGAGAGAACAAAGCACGUUCUGUCCCCAAGAUCUCCAAAGCUCGUGCAUGCGCAGAAUGCAAGCGCCAUAAGAUUCGCUGUGAGUUUCGAACAGGAGAAUCAACCUGCACAAAAUGUGCUCGCAGCGGUAUCAAGUGCGUCGUAAACGAUUUUUCACAGAAAUUCGUUGAUGAUGAUGUGAUAUGGAAAUCACAGGCCAAUGCGACUAUGAACCAGCUGCAGGCGGCUGUUUCGCAUCUAUUGCGACAAGCCGGACUGCCUGAGCUCUCAACCUAUGCUCCCGGGGACACUCUCAAUGGCCCUAGUCCUGCCGCGUCGUAUCAUGGCCACCAUCCCUCCGUCGAUCGGUCGCAGACACAAACCAGUCGUCAGGAGGGACUGGGAGUAGUGAUGGAUGUUACGCGGGAGCCAUCGCCGGAGCAGGAUCUCCAAGACCCAGAAUUAGUCCCUGCCCCUAUGCGCAGUCUAUACGAGGUCACUAAGUUACGGAACUUGAGGAAUAAUCAUGUCGAGGCACCGAAACAGACGUUGUUAGAGGAAGAUUUUAUCUCGCGGCGAUUGAUCUCCCUCCAUGAAGCGGAGGAAUUAUUCGCGUACUUCAGUCGCACUAUGAACCAGCUACUGUGGGGUGGAAUAAUUCUUGUACACCGCGAUUUAACGUCCGUCCGUCGCGCAUCGACGCUUCUUUCUGCUGCGGUUUUGACUGUCGCGGCACUCCAUAUUCCGAACCGCACCGAAACCUUGAACCGGUGCUACAGCGAGUAUGUAUCGCUCGUAUCAAACAUGGCCCUCACGCGGGCCCACACUCUGGAUGAUAUCCGAGGCCUCUGUGUGGGGGCGUUCUGGCUAUCAGAGUUGAGUUGGAAGUUGUCCGGGCAUGCGGUACGAAUUGCGACCGAGAUGGGUCUUCAUCAAAGUUAUCAGCGCCUGACCCGUGGACACACGGAUCAGUAUGAACGCGCCCAGCUCUGGUAUCUGCUUUAUGUGUGCGACCAUCACUUCAGUAUUGCUUAUGGGCGGCCCCCUGUCAUCCACGAGGAUGUGGUGAUCCGCAACUAUGAGACCUUCCUCGCGCUGCCGAUGGUCGUCCCCGGAGACAUUCGACUUUUAGCUCAAGUUGCUCUCUUUAUGAUUUUGACUGAGGCAUAUCGAAUGUUUGGUAGCGACACUGAACAAGCAUUGACCGACGAGGAUUUUGGACAGUUGCGCGUAUACAAUGUCGCAGUAGACCAAUGGCGACUUCUCUGGCAGCCUCGAUCUGCCGAUAGCGCCUAUGUGCGAACAUAUCCAUCCAAAGGGGUGGUUCUGCACUAUCAUUUCGCGAAGUUCCAGCUGAACUCGCUUGCUCUUCGUGCGCUCUCACCAUCCAACACUCCUGUCUUCUCUAUGGACCGCAAGGAAUCGGCCAACAUCGCAAUUUCUUCUGCGAUGGCAUGUCUCAAUAUGGUUCUUGAGGAGCCUGAUAUCCGGGAUGCGAUCGUCGGUGUUCCGAUCUUCACCCAUACUAUGGUUACAUUCUCCGCUGUUUUCCUACUCAAGGUCGCAAUCAAUUGGAACACAGCUUACCUUAGCAUCAAUUCUCGCCAAGUGCGACGACUAGUUGAGCGCGUUAUUGAAUUGAUGAACUGUGUCUCUGCAGGCGAGCGACAUCUUACUCGACAUAUCGCACGUGGAUUAGGCAAGAUGCUGGAGCGCUUUGACUCUUGGGAGGCUGUCUGGCAAUUCCAAGGAAGCAAUGAUACUGCGGUGGAAGGUCGCGAUGUCCCUGGGGGAGCGAACGCCAUGGCACAAGGAUUCCCUCCGCCAGAUCUGAUUUAUGGCAUGGUCGGCACAUACGGAUUUGGCCUUGAUGAGAAUCUGCUAGAUCCGAGUAUGGCAGAUUUUGAUUUUCUAGCACAAUGA